UUGUGUGUUUGUAGUGUUAUAAAUGUUCCCACAGUAGGUGACCCACAUGUGUCUGUACAGUUAAAUGAUGGAUUAAAGACCCAUUUUUGUUUUAACGUCAUUGGCAAAUCAGGCGAAAUAUUUCAGUUAGUCCGGGAAAGGAAUAUUGAAAUCAGAAUUAGAAUCGUCGGUCAUGGUGGCAAACAAGCAGCGAAAUUGGUUGAUCUGAUCGCUAUUCGGACCAAUGAGGCUCAAGUUACCGUGGAUAGUAAAGGAAUCACUGAUGGUAAAACCAAAUAUAAGUGGGGAUCAGAGAGUGUUGGUGAAUUCGGGGACGCCAAUGUGAUGAUUCGAAGAAACUAUGCCGAGAUAUUUGUUGACAAAACCGUCACUGAAAUCAAACACCAAGGUGAUCAUCUGAAAUUCAGUGUUCACCAGCAUGGUGGUUUCGGACCCAAUGUCCAUGGCAUCUUAGGCGACGUCGUUAAUCAAGGACAAUUCAAAAAAGGGAAGGACGCAAAACAUGGCCACAUUAAGCUGUUUGGCUCAACAUUUUCUGUGGCAGAGAAAGUAAAAGAUAUAAGUGUUGGGAAAUGUUGGUUUCUUACGGACGGGUACAACGCACUGAAUAGAAAAUUGCGCAGCUACGUGAAGAAAACAUUGUUCGGAUCAAAUUGACACUUUUAAUAACAUUGUUACGCGGAAUAUGGCAUACAUUCAUGGUUGCGUGGUAUUUGUGAUACGGGUGAAUAUGCCAUACUCACCUGCGG